UACCCACAGGGCUCCGCUGGCGGCGCGACCCAGCGGCCACUUCCGGCGCGACCAUUUUGUUUUUCACCGCUCGCCAAGGGUACCUGCUCCCGGCCGCCGCGGCUCCUGCCCCGCUCCUCACCAUGUUCCCCGUGGCUCGGGCUGCCCUCAACCUCACCGCUCGAGGCAUUCGGCAGACUGCAGUCAGACAAGCUCAUCGCAAACGUGAGCCUGACUUCCACGACAAACACGGAAACCUGGUGCUCAUUGGUGGAGCCGUUGUUUUUACUGCUGUCUGGGGAUACGUGCUUACACAGCUUGACAUUGAGUGGGGCUUCUCCCCUGUGGGUAGAGUCACUCCAAAAGAAUGGAGGCAGUAAUAAACUCUGCAUGUAAUGAACUGCUCUAAACUUUCACUGAAGAAACAAUCACGUAAUGGUAUUUGUUCUCUGAUUACCACUUGUGCAGGGGCAUUCCUGGUUUAAUAAACAUACCUAGAAACCUG